AACUAACAAGAGAGCGCAAUGCUCAAUUUUGCGUUUUAGUGGAGUCAUUUCAUCUAUCUCAAUCUUCGGCUCUCCCAAAAUUUUUUCACUGCGAAACCGAACGGUUGGGUUUGGGCCUUCUCGAAUAUUUUUAAAGACGGUAUUCAACGACAACAAAUUGUCUUUUUUCGCGUUGAAAAGAAAAAAGUGUUUCAAGAAUUUGUUUAUUUGCAUAGGCUUGUGUGAGUGCAGUAGAAAUCGAAUCGAAUUGCAAAUCGGGAAAAGUGAAAACAACAAAAAAAACAGCAGACCACCACAACCACAGAGUAUCAUCAUCUACGUAUCCUUUCCGUGGAAUAUCAAAAGGAUUCCAGAGCGACGACUUCUUGCUCUCCAACAAAGCGCUAAAAUAUUGGGAGCUCUUGCAGAAAAAAAUACUAAGCCAGUUUCAACGUCCUCCAAGCUGCUGGCGUAGCGAGCCCUCAUAAGAGAAAGAUGCCAGCGGAAAUUAAACCAUCCGCGCCCGCUGAGCCGGAAACGCCGACCAAGAGCAAACCUAAGAGCAAUUCGUCGACAUUCUCGAAGGCCGCUCUAGCCCGCGUUACCCUGCUCGAUGGCUCCAUUCUAGACGUGACCAUUGAUCGGAAGGCCAAGGGUCGCGACUUAGUGAACUCCAUAUGUGCUGGCCUGAACAUUAUUGAGAAGGAUUACUUUGGUCUGACCUAUGAGACGCCCACAGAUCUGCGCACCUGGCUGGACUUGGAAAAACCUGUGGCGAAGUUCUUUCGCACAGACCCGUGGCCUCUGUCGUUUGCGGUAAAGUUUUAUCCGCCGGAGCCAUCGCAGCUGCAGGAGGAUAUCACGCGCUACCACCUGUGCCUGCAGGUGCGCAACGACAUCUUGGAAGGCAGACUGCCAUGCACAUUUGUAACCCACGCCUUGCUCGGCUCCUACCUGGUCCAGUCCGAGAUGGGCGACUAUGAUGCCAAGGAUAUGCCCACUCGAGCCUAUCUAAAAGACUUCAAAAUCGCUCCCAAUCAAACGCCUGAGCUCGAGGAGAAAGUUAUGGACUUGCACAAGACGCACAAGGGCCAAUCGCCUGCCGAGGCUGAGUUGCAUUACCUGGAAAAUGCCAAGAAGCUGGCUAUGUACGGCGUGGACUUGCACCCUGCCAAAGACUCCGAGGGUGUAGACAUUAUGCUGGGAGUGUGUGCAUCCGGUUUGUUGGUCUACCGCGACAAAUUGCGCAUCAACCGCUUCGCUUGGCCUAAGAUCUUGAAGAUCUCGUACAAGCGUCACCACUUCUACAUCAAGAUAAGACCGGGUGAAUUCGAGCAAUAUGAAUCUACCAUUGGUUUUAAGCUUGCUAACCAUCGGGCCGCUAAAAAGCUAUGGAAGUCCUGUGUGGAACAUCACACUUUCUUCCGCCUGAUGACGCCGGAGCCGGACAAUAAGUCGACCCUGUUCCCCAGGUUCGGGUCAAAGUACCGCUAUAAGGGACGAACACAAUAUGAAACCAGAGCUACUCCCGUGGACCGUACGGCGCCCAAGUUUGACCGAACCCUAUCAGGGGCUCGCCUUACGUCGCGCAGCAUGGACGCGCUCGCCAUGGCCGAGAAAGAAAAGGUGGCCCGCAAGAGCAGCACCCUGGACCAUCGAGGAGACCGGGCAGAUCGUGGAAAUGAUGCUGACGCUCACAGCCGUAGUCCAAUAAAGAACAAAAAGGAUAAGGACGAAGAGAAGGAGGCCAAGCUGCGAGAGAAGAAGCUCAAGGAAAAGGAGGAGAAGGAACGCAAGGAGAAGGAGAAGAGAGAUCUGGAUGAAAAGAAAAAGGCAGAAAAGGCUGCCAAAGCAGCUGCUGCCGCUGCUGCUGCUGCCGCUGCAGGAUCGGGAGUCAAUGGCAAUGACGAGCUAAACGACUCCAACAAGUCUGACAAGUCCGGCAGACGUGGCGUUGGCAUAUUCUCCUCGGGUCGCAAGAGCAAGAGCGGCUCACCAUCCAAGGAUGGCAAGGACAAGUCCGGAAAGGACAAGGACAAAGAAGUAGGUCGACUUGGUCUUGUUGUUACUUCGGGGCUUGGUGAGCAGGAACAGGAUGAGGCUAAUAAAAAUGCUGCCAAGAAUCGGGGCUCAACUACCCCUGGCGUCACACGUCCCUAUGAGUAUGCUGUGGGUGCAGAUGGAAACGCUAGCCCAACACGGAAAUCCUACACACCUGGUGGCUUCCGCUACGACCAGGAUCCCAAUGCCAAGAAUAUUGGUGUCGAUGGCCAAGAGCAGCUUUCGCCGACGUCACAGCAGAAGAAGAUUGGCUUGGCGUUCAACUAUGCUCCGGGCAACGAGAGCGCCCUGAAAGAAACAGCUGAAAAGCUCAAGGCCGGACAACUGUCACCCCGCACCCAGGACAAGUUGAACCGUGGUCAAUUGUCGCCGAAGUCUAGAGCGAAGCUACUUCAAGACGGUAAUCUUUCGCCUACGACUAGAGCCAAGCUCCAGGGCAGUGCCGUAGAUGCGGCCGCUUUCCCCCUGAGCGAUGCCCAGAAGAGAUCUUAUUCACCAACAAAGGGACCUCAGGGAUAUUCUUCCGGGGCACCGGGCAGCUAUAAGCCCAUAAUUGAUCCAACAUCAGAUUUUCUAGAGUCCCAGCGCUACAACAAGGAGCCAGGGUACGGAGGCUUGGCGAAUGCUGGCGCGGCUGAUGCUGUUGGAGCUGGAGGUGCUAAGAAGCCUGGCUCUCCCACAAAAACUGGCAAAGGUGCGGUUGCCGGAACAGGUGUUGGUGCGGCAGGAGGAGCAGCAGCUGGAGCGGCAGCAGCAGCAGCCGCUGCUAAGCCUAAGAAGAAACGCGUGAAGAUAAUGGUUAUUACCUCAAAGUAUGAUCCUGCUACAAAACGCAUUGAUGCCGAAAAUGGAACGAUUGAACACUCGACAGGGAUCCUCGAUCCAGGGACUGGUCGUAUUGAUACCAAAUAUGGUGUGAUUGACCCAAAGAAGGGCACCUUGGAGGCCCUUAAUACUAAAACAGGAAAGAAGGAGCUGUUCCAGGGCGAUGUGGACAUUAAAACGGGUAAUCUGCACUUGGUUUCGGGAGUAGCAGAUCCAACGACGGGACGCCUAGAUGACACGCUUGGCCAGAUUGUGUGCAUAACCCCACAAGACAAUCCAGUGGUGGAGCUAACGGUCAUCACUAGCCGAAUUGAUCCCGCCACUGGCAAGAUCGAUACCGUUAACGGGGAGGUUGAGCGCUCUCUGGGAGUCCUGAAUUUGGAUACUGGCCUGCUGGAUACCAAGUACGGAGAGAUUAAUACUCGCACCGGAGAAUUAAAGGCCAUCGACCCAAAGUCUGGAAAGAUCGUGGUGAGCAAGAAUGUCAAGGUUGAUCCAGGCACUGGCCAGAUCACCAUUCUGGGUGUCCUCGACCCUAAGACUAACAAGAUUGAUCCCAACCAAGGCCGAAUAAUCGAGGUUGGCCAGCAAAUUGACCCCAUAGUGGAGGUCACCUCAUUGGCUGGAAAAUUCGACUCAAAGAAGAACAUUAUAGAUGCCAAGACAGCUCAGGUGGAGACUUCUGGUGGUCAGUUUGACCCAAAGGCUGGCAAGAUCGAUACGAAGUACGGACAAAUCGAUCUGGUCAAGCACACCAUCACCUUCAACGACCCGAAGUCGGGGAAGACAGUGACGCGUGACAUUAAGAUCGAGCCUGCCACCGGCCAGAUUGUACUAAAGAACCAGAUCAACCCCAAGAACAACAAGCCGGACAAGGACUAUGCCAGGAUAAUCUCUCUGAGGAUUGUGCAACAACGAGUAGACCCCGCAACCAAGGCGCCCAUUUCCCAGGUCAGCGCAGCCAAGGACAAAGACAUCAUUGUCGAUCCCAAGUCGAACCAGAUCUGGGUGCCCACGGGUGCCAGCGAUCCCAGUACCAACGAGCAGCAAUACAUUUCCAGCAGCGUCGACCCUAAGACGGGUUACGUCAUCACCAUCUACGGCUACCUAGACCCCAAGACCAACGAGAUUAAGAAACAGACCAAGCUAGACCCCAACACGAUCAAAAUUGAACCCACUUCUGGAAAGAUCUACACCGCCACUGGCGAGGUCGACAAAGCCACGGGUGAACCGCUGUACGCCGCAACGCAGGUGGACCCAGAGUCCGGCGAUGUUUACACGAAGCUGGCUCGCGUGGACCCCAAAACCGGGAAGAUCGUCAUAGUUCGCAUUCUGCUCAUUUCUAAGACUGAUGAGCGCGGUCGCCCAGAGGAGAUCGAUCCGGAGACCUGUGAGAUCGAUCCCGUCUCUGGUCGUGUUCUUAAGUUCUUCAACAAAACCGUUUACGUUUAUAAUAUGAUUGACCCGGUUACUGGUGAAAUUGUGCAGGUCGACCCCAACGAUCCCCGCUUCGCUGGAGCCCGCACCACUGUGACCCACACGAUGACCCUAACCGGCGAGAUUGACCCCGUGACAGGUCGCAUAAAGAGCGAAUACGGCGACAUAGACCCGAACACGGGAGACAUCGACCCGGCCACAGCCGUAACAGACCCAGUCACGGGAAAACUGAUCCUCAACUACGCCCAGAUCGAUCCGUCCCACUUUGGCAAGCAGGCGCAAGUGCAGACCACCACAGAAACGGUGCCGAUCACCCGGCAGCAGUUCUUCGAUGGCGUCAAACAUAUUGGCAAGGAGGCAUUGCGUCGUGACUCCGAGGGCAGCUCUGAGGAUGACAUGACCCAGCAAUAUGGCAGCGAUACAGUAAAGGACAUUGUGCUAAGCAGUCCAAGCCAAGCGGGAGCCAGCUCCAAACUGGGGAAACCAGUGAGCACGCCCACCGUAGUGAAGACGACUACGAAACAGGUGCUGACCAAGAACAACGACGGCGUCACACACAAUGUCGAGGAGGAGGUUCGAAAUCUGGGAACGGGUGAAGUGACAUUCUCAACACAGGAACACAAGGCUGAUGCAACACCAACCGAUCUGAGCGGCGCUUAUGUCACGGCCACCGCUGUCACCACCCGCACAGCUACCACGCAUGAAGAUCUGGGUAAGAAUGCCAAGACCGAGCAGUUGGAGGAGAAGACAGUAGCUACCACCCGCACGCACGACCCCACCAAGCAACAGCAACGCGUCGUCACCCAGGAGGUGAAGACGACGGCGACGGUAACUAGCGGAGACCAGUAUCAGAGACGAGACAGCGUUUCUUCGACCAGCUCGGGCGAUUCGGGCACGCCCAUCGAUGGACCAUAUGAUGGUUCUAGUGUGGUGCGCACAGAAAACCAGAAAUCUCCGCUUUACUCGAGCUCCGCGACCACAACCACUGGCCCCCAUGUGGAGAGCACCCGUGUGGUGCUUGGCGAGGACACACCCGGAUACUCGGGACACGGCGAAAUCAUCUCUACCCAAACCGUGAGCAGUAAAACCCGCACUGUGGAAACCAUUACCUACAAAACCGAACGCGAUGGGAUUGUUGAGACACGUGUGGAACAGAAGAUCACCAUUCAGUCCGACGGCGAUCCAAUCGAUCAUGACAAAGCUUUGGCUGAGGCAAUACAAGAAGCGACGGCCAUGAAUCCGGACAUGACAGUCGAGAAGAUUGAAAUUCAACAACAAACACAGUAGAUUUUAUAACUAUUUCUAAAGAUUUUCAAAGUAAACAGCACACGACUCCAAACCCAACAACACAUACAUACACCCAGCCCACGUAUAAAAUUACGAAUACAUCUACAAAAACCGAGAUAGACAGCACAUGCAGUACACCUUUUAUAAAACCUACAUAUACGAGUAUCUACAUAUAUAUUUUUACGAUUACGAGUUGAUGAACCACAUGACAUAAACACUAAGAAGUCUUAAAGUAUCCGUAUCCGCAAACGUCUAUGAGAAAAUGCAUCCACAUGUUUAUUAUUUUUAUUUUUUUAUUGAAAAUGUUGUUUAUAAUUACUUUUUAUUAUUAAAUGAUGAAUGUGCAA